AUGGAGAGUGCAGAUCUGGAACGAACUUAUUCCCGGGAACAACAAGGCUUAGGGCCGGGUCAUGAGGCCAUUACCUCACCAGUCGCUCUUGUCCGCAGUUUUACUUCGAAGAGUCAGAGAAGUACGACGAGUCGACAGAGUUCAAGAAAUCGCUCCGGUGCUAUAGAGAGCUCGCGUGCUGCGCGACUGAGGGAACUUGAGAAAGAUGCUGGCACAUCUGACGAUACGGAGAAGGAGGAUGCGAUUGAGAAAGUUGCGUCGAGAACACCUUCAACGCUGAGUUCGCAUGGACGGUCGAAUUCACCGUCGCCGGCGUCGAGUGUCCACGAUGAGCACACGAGUGGGAGACGGGUUAUCCGCUUUGAAGAUGGAGACCCUGAGAAUCCUAACAAUUGGGGGCGUUGGAAGAAGAUCUACGCCCUCGUCGUUGCUAUCAUGAGUGUGAUGAACAGCACCAUGACCUCCAGCCUAGCAGCCGGAGCCACGGCUCCAAUAUCUCGCCAUUUCAACCAAACCAACGAAUAUGCGCUCAUCCUCCCCACAUCCAUGUAUCUAGUUGGCUACGCAUGCGGCCCCAUGCUCUGGGGCCCUCUCUCAGAAUCCUACGGCCGCAAAGGAACCAUGGUGAUAUCCUUUGCCUUUUUCACAAUAUUCUCCAUCGCUUCGGCGCUAUCACCAAACUUCGCUUCGCUCGUCAUCUUCAGGUUGUUGGUGGGCGUGGGAGGGAGUUGCGCGAUUAGUGUUGUCGGCGGGAUAUGUGCGGAUAUCUAUCACAAUCCUAAGUAUCGGGGGAGGAGUAUGGCGAUUUUCAUGGCAGCAACAACAUUCGGACCCAUCCUCGGACCCCCAAUAUCAGGCUUCAUCAGCGUAGUAUCCUGGAGCUGGGCCUUUUGGAUCGGAGUCAUACUUGCCGGAGCAACAUGGCCGCUCUUCUACUUCUUCGACGAAACAUACGGUCCCACUAUCCUAAAGCGGCGCGCGAAGCGACUACGCAAGGAAACGGGUAAUGAGAAUAUCAUCGCGCCGCUCGAACUAGAGAAGACGGAUUUGAACCACAUCGUCACCGUCAUUCUGACCCGGCCACUACGCAUGAUCUGCUUUGAACCUCUUGUACUUUUCACGUGCUUGUAUCUAAGCUACGCCUAUGCCAUAUUCUACAUAUUCCUACAAUCCUACCCCAUAAUCUUCACCGGCAUCUACCACUUCAACGCUGGCGAAACAGGCCUCGCCUUCCUCCCCAUCGGUGUCGGCGCCCUCAUCUCCGCUGGUAUUUACUUGUCGUGGGACUGGUAUUUGGCCCGCGCCCAACGCCUCAAUCGCCCUUGGUCGCGCAACGAAGAGAUGCGGAGGCUGCCUCUCGCUUGCAUCGCCGGUCCCUUCUUCGUUAUCAGCGCGUUCUGGCUGGGCUGGACGAGCAGAGAAGACAUCCAUUGGAUUGUUCCCACGCUCGCAGGGAUACUGUUUGGAAUGGGAUACUUAUGUCUCUUCAUGGCUCUACUCAACUAUCUCGUCGAUGCAUACGAAGUCUUCGCCGCAAGUGCGAUGGCGGCAGCGAGUUUAUCACGAUCUUCGUUUGGGGCUGUGCUUCCUUUUGCUGCGAAGCCUAUGUAUAGGACUAUGGGCGUGGCUUGGGCGACAAGUUUGCUGGGGUUCUUCAGUCUGGCGCUAUGUGUUGUGCCGUUCGUGUUUGUGCGGUGGGGUGGUAGAAUGAGAGAUCGAAGUCAAUUUUGUCAGUAUUUGAGGAGGAAGAAGAGGGAGGAGGAGGAGGAACAGGAGAAGGAGAGGGAAGGGUUGAGGCAGAAGAGGGUUAUGGUACAGCCUAAUGAGUUCAAGGGGAAGGAGGAUGUGUAG